AUGGAUGUUAUUCAACGUAUCCUACAAGAAGUUGGUGAUAUUAAUAAUCGUCUUGUAGUAUGUAAAGGCAAAUUAAACGAAAUGUUAACACCACAAGUACAACAACAACAAGAACAGCAACAAAACCAUGAUAUUCAACGAAAUUACUUGGUUAUACAAACUAUUAGAACGGAAAUCGCACUCUUAAUGUCUAAACGUAAUUUAUUGGAAUACGAUGAACAAGAAAUCAGAAAACUUCAAACAAAAAAUGCCGGUGAUGGUGCUGGAAAUGCCGGUGGUGGUGCUGAAUAUGCCGGUGUUGGUGAUGGAAAUACCAGUGGCGAUUGA